GCGUCGUUUUCGCUGAACGCGGCGCCUCCUACCCACCUGCCUUUUGCCCUGAGGUUGCCAUGGGGACACUCCAGUAGGAAACCAACGCUGCUAACAUCACGAUGCACCCGGCAUUGUGAAGGGAAAACUGAGCAAACACCCUCCCCUGGGUUCCCUGGAGGGGCCCACAUGGUUAGUCAUGGCCACAGACUCCGGCGCAGAAGAGCCUGAGAAGCCCCAAAGAGGUGUCUCCUUGGAAGGCGACAUCCUCAUGGCAGAGACCACUUUGACCAUGGAGGACAAGGAGCCUGCCCACUCCCUAGCUUCUAGUGGGGGCCCUACGGAAAGGAAGCGCUUCUUUCGCAAGAGUGUGGAGAUCACAGAGGAACGAGACCAGUUGGGGCCAGGUGCCCAGCCAGAAGAACAUUUCUCCACUGGCCUUCUCCUAGCUGGACAGGAUGCCAAGAGUGAGCCAGGCCCCAAAGCUUCUUCAGAGCCCCAUAAGGAGAAGACCAAAAAGGAGAUCGAGGAGGAGGCAGAGAUGAAAGCUGUGGCCACCUCCCCUGGUGGCCGGUUCCUCAAGUUCGACAUUGAGCUGGGCCGCGGGGCUUUCAAGACAGUUUUCAAAGGGCUGGACACGGAGACGUGGGUGGAAGUGGCAUGGUGCGAACUUCAGGACAGGAAGCUGACCAAAGCCGAACAGCAGAGGUUCAAGGAAGAAGCAGAGAUGUUGAAAGGUUUGCAACACCCCAAUAUUGUCCGCUUCUAUGACUCAUGGGAGUCCACAGUGAAGGGGAAGAAGUGCAUCGUCUUGGUCACCGAGCUUAUGACAUCUGGGACACUGAAGACGUACUUGAAGCGCUUCAAAGUGAUGAAGCCCAAGGUCCUGAGGAGCUGGUGCCGGCAGAUCCUGAAAGGGCUUCACUUCUUGCACACCCGCACACCCCCCAUCAUUCAUCGGGACCUCAAGUGUGACAACAUCUUCAUUACAGGCCCCACAGGCUCGGUGAAGAUUGGGGACCUGGGGCUGGCCACCCUGAUGCGCACGUCUUUUGCCAAGAGUGUUAUUGGCACCCCCGAGUUCAUGGCACCGGAGAUGUAUGAGGAGCACUAUGAUGAGUCGGUGGACGUCUAUGCCUUUGGGAUGUGCAUGCUGGAGAUGGCCACAUCAGAGUACCCAUAUUCAGAGUGCCAGAACGCUGCCCAGAUCUACCGCAAGGUCACCAGUGGUAUCAAACCAGCCAGUUUCAACAAAGUGACUGACCCCGAGGUGAAAGAAAUCAUUGAAGGCUGCAUCCGUCAAAACAAGUCAGAGAGGUUAUCCAUCAAGGACCUGCUGAAUCAUGCCUUCUUUGCCGAGGACACAGGGCUGCGGGUGGAGUUGGCCGAGGAUGACGACGGAGUCAUGGCCUCACUUGCUCUCCGCCUCUGGGUGGAAGACCCCAAGAAGCUGAAGGGGAAGCACAAGGACAAUGAAGCCAUCGAGUUCAGCUUCAACCUGGACAUCGAUGUCCCUGAAGAGGUGGCCUACGAGAUGGUGAAAUCAGGCUUCUUCCAUGAGAGCGACUCCAAGGCUGUGGCCAAGUCCAUCCGUGACCGUGUCACUCUGAUCAAGAAGACGCGGGAGCGGAGGCACAUGGACUACCUGGAGGAGCACCGGGACUCCCAGGGUGGCAAACCCACCCCACCCUUCUUCCACCCCCUGGGCAUCUCCCUCAUCCAGCCAGCGGGCAGCGAAUGCGAGGAGACAGAGGUGGAUCAGCACGUGAGGCAGCAGAUGCUUCAGCAGAUGCAGCAUCGUUCUUCCGUUACCGCUGACAGCCUGUCUGAGAAUGGUGCCGGCUCCACUAUCCUAUCAGAUGCCUCCGGCCAGCUCAACAUGGCUGCCUAUGCCUCAGAGCCCAUGAUGGAGCCGUCACAGAUCCCAUCAAUGGACCCUGGCCUGCAGGGCCACCUCUACCAGCCGCAGCCACUCAUGGCGCACUAUCAGCAGAUGGCCGGGGUACAGCCCCCACAGCUGUUGCCUCUGGCACAGCCCCCAGGGCUGCCUCCCCAAGACCUAGCCCUUCCACCAGCCCCCCAGCCCCAGGUCUCGCCUUUGGCUGCCCAGCCAUUACCACAGAUGCUGCACCUGGACCUUCAGCUGCCCUAUGGGGCAGAGGACCCACCAGCGAUCAGGAUGGCUGCCUCACCACAGGUUGACCCUGCCGUCUGCCCUGGGAGCCAGCUGCCCACCAGGGACCCUGAUGGUGUUGUGGGGUUCCUGCCAGCUGGCCAGGCCCCAACCCCAUUCGUGGGCACAGCCCCACCACAGCUGGGGACAUCUAUGCCAGUACUGCAGCCAGGGACAUCCACACAACUGCCACAGCCAGUGACAUCCAUGCAGCCACUCCAGCAGGCUGCCUUAGAGGUGGCCUCCAUUCAGCAGCAGUUGCAGCAAACAGCAUCCAUGCAGCACUCUCAGGUGCCAUCAAAGCAGCAGCCCCAGCAGGUCCCCCCACAGGUGACAUCCAUGGAGCCACCCCAGCCGGUCCCCCUGCAGCUGGAAGCUGUGCAGCAGGUGACAUCAGUGCACCUGGCUCCUUCUGAGGUGACUUCAAUGCAGCAAACAGCUUCCAUGCAGCAUCCAGAGCAGGUUUCUCCACCGGUGACAUCCAUGCAACCACUGCAGCAGGUUCCCCAGCAAAUGGCUUUGAUGCAGCCGACGCAAGUGACGUCUAUGCAUCUGCACCAGCAGGCUCCGUCUGAGGCUGCCUCAGUGCAGCACCCCCCACAGGUGCCCCCACAUGUGACUUUGCUGCAGCCAGCAGCAUCCUUGCAACAGCUGCAGCCUGUGAUGUCGGUGCAGCCACCCCAGCAGGUUCCCUCCAAGGUGGCCUCAAUGCAGCCAGCAUCCUCCAUACAGCAGGUGGCGUCCAUGCAGCACCUGCAGCAGGUUUCUCAGCAGGUCACAGCCAUGCAGCAGCUGCCUCCUGGGGCAUCCAGGCAGCAGUCCCAGCAGGUUCCCACCGAGGUGUCCUCCAUGUAUCACCCUGAGCAGGUCCCCCCGCAGAUGAUUUCGAUGCAGACAUUGCAACCAGUGACAUCCAUACAGCUGUCCCAGCAGGUAGCAUCAGUGCAACUGCUGCAGCCAGGGGCAUCCAUGCAGCCACCCCAGAAGGUUUCCUCUGAGAUGGCUUCAAUGCAGCCAGCAGCUUCCAUGCAGCUGCUGCAGCAGGUUCCCCAGCAAGUGGCAUCUAUGCAGGCAUUGCAGCCAGUGACAUCCAUGAAGCUGCCUCAGCAGGUUCCCUCUGAGGUGGUCUCCCUGCAGCACCCACAGCAGGUUCCCCAGCUGGUGACAUCCAUACAGCCACUGCAGCCAGGAACAUCCAUGCAGCUGCCCCAGCAAGUUACCUCUGAAGUGGUCUCCAUGCAACACCCACAGCAAGUUUCUCAGCACAUGGCAUCCCUGCAGCAGCUGCAGCCAGUGACAUCCAUGCAGCCACCCCAGCAAGCUGCCUCCAUGCAACAGCAGCUGCAACAAGCAGCAUCCAUGCAGCACCCCCAGCAGGUCCCCCAGCAAAUGGCCUCGAUGCAACCACUGCAGCCAGGGACAUCCAUGCAGCUGCCCCAUCAGGCCCCUCUGCAGGUGGCUUCCCUGAAGCCACAGCAGCAGAUUCCCCAGAAAAUGGCUUUGAUGCAGCCCCUGCAAGUAUUGUCAUCCAUGCAGCCGCCCCAGCAGGUUCCCUCCGAGGUGCGAGCAAUGCAGCCAGCAGUCUCCGUGCAGCAGGUGGCCCCCACACAGCACCCCCACCAGACUCCCCAGCCAGUGCCAUCCAUGCAGCAGCUGCAGCAGAUUCCCCAGCAAGUGGCUUUGAUACAGCAGCCCCCACAAGUCCCUCCGCAGGUGAUUUCGCUGCAGCCGGUGACAUCCAUGCAGCUGCCCCAGCUGGCUCCCCCCAAGGUGGCUUCCAUGCAGCAGGGAGCAACAGUGCAGCAGCAGCUGGUAUCCAGGCAGCCGCCGCAGCCCAUGACGUCCAUGCAACCGCCGCAGCUGGCUCCCGCCGAGGUCACAUCAAUACAGCCAGGGGUACCACCGCAGCCAGCAACCCCCCAGCAUGCGGCUUCCCUGCAGCCACCCCAGCCAUAUGCCUCACCACCACCCAGCUACACCCCAGCCCAGCAGGACCUGGCACCACUGCACCCAGUCCAGCCUGUGUACCCCUUCCCCAGCCACCUAAGCUAUCCUGUGCCUGGCCCGUAUGCUGGGCAUCCCCCACAGGACUAUGUGCGGGUGACAAUGCCAGAGCUGCCCCCCAUGUACCCUCCGCGGCAGCCCCUAGACUUAGCAGGGCUCCGACAAGGCUCCCAGCACUUCGAGCUGCUGCCCAAGACCCCUCAGGCCUUCAUCACUGCCCCAGGGCAACCAUGCUAUGUACCCCCGGGGCAGCCACAGCAAGUGCCCCUGGGUCCUGUGGCCACCCUGAUGCCCCAGGAGGUGGGAGCCUGCCCGAUGACCCCCAGCCCCUGGCGCUCUCAGGGACUGGAGCCUGUGCAGGUUUCACAGCUUCCUUUGGCUCCGGACCUGCCAUUGGCUGCCCCCAAGCCAGAUGUGGCCCAGGGGGUGACCUCUGACUUCAUUGCCCUAAAAGAGAUGACCUUGAAUGAUCCCCUAGGCGGGAACGGCAAGCAAGACCGGAGCAAACAGAGGCGGUCUUCUUGCCCCCGGCCUGACAAGACCACCAAGUUCCAGCUAACAGUCCUCCAGGUGUCCAUGUUGGGUGACAACACAGUGGAAUGCCAGCUGGAGACCCACAACAACAAGAUGGUCACCUUCAAGUUUGAUGCAGAUGGGGAUGCACCCGAGGACAUUGCUGACUACAUGGUGGAGGACAACUUUGUGUUGGAAGGCGAGAAGGAGAAGUUCGUGGAGGAGCUCCAGGUCGUCGUGUGUCAAGCUCAGGAGAUCCUCCGCACAGCCGGUGUUGAGGCACCACCUUCAGAACCCAGCGGGGGCCAGACAGGUUCAUCUGAGCAAGCCCAGGCGCAUCCCGUGGCUGCCCAGUCCGGCAAUGAGUGCGCACCCCAGUCAUCCCCUGUCGGCCGCUGGAGGUUCUGCAUCAACCAGACCAUCCGGAACAGAGAGGCUCACGUACCUGGUGUCCCCCAGCCAAUGACUGUGCCUAUCCCCAUGCCCCAGCCCCUUCCUGGUAUGGACAAGGAGGGUGCUAAAGACACGUAUCCUCCUCCCCGGGAAGAAUCAGAAGACCCUGUACCCAGCCCCAAGGUGCCAGUUAUGCCCUUGAUGAUGGAGCCUCUAGUGUCUCUGCUUGCUGAGCCUGGUGAUCCCCAGGCACCCCCUGAGGCCUUGGGCACUGAUCUGGCCCUCCCAGCCCCAUCUGAGUCAGAUAGCGAGGGCCCCCCCAAGAUGGACUUCGCUGACAACCGCAUGAAGACACUGGAUGAGAAACUGCGGACCCUGCUGUAUCCAGAACACAGCUACUCAGAGAGCCAGAAGGACAGCCAUAGCCUGGAGUCGCCCUUCUCCUCCUCUGCUGAGGACACCUUGUCCUGCCCUGCCCCUCCAGACCCCUUGGCCGACAGCCCCACCUCCCCGGGCAUGCAGGGGGCAGAGAUCUCUGAGGACUCCCCACUACCCAGUGGGGCCGCUGUCUUCCCAGAGCUGAUGGUGGCUAUACCCAGCACUCCCAGCCUGGAUACAACCCCCCUGGAUGCCCCCAGCUCUCCAGAGCCUGUGGAGACCAGGUCGGUGCCUUGGUCCAGCCCAGAAGCAGUAGCAGCAGCAGCAGCAGCAGCAACACCACUGGCACCACCACCGGGAGGAGGAGGAGGUGCUGGCAGUUCCCCAGCAGUGUCCCCUGGAGGAGCCUGGGGGGCUGUCACUGUCAGAUGCCUCAUCACUCACCCCUGAACGGGAGGUGGAGGAGGGCGGGGCAUUGGACCGCAAGGCACCCAGCUCAGACAGUGAGCUGUCGGCACCGCCCCCCGCCCCCGCGGCUGCCUGGCACCGCAGCUCACUUGGCCUGUCGCCCUCCUCGGCUAUGAGCA